GCCUUUCAUUACAACUACCGUCCCUUUAAUUGUUCACAUGGUUCCCUCUCUUGAAUGAGUUACAUUAAAACAUGGCGGAGGGGAGGAACUGUGGAAACUGCUUGGGCUGAAGAAUUGCAAAGCAAAACAUACAAAAGUGACCUUUGUGGAGGUAGAGGAGAGUGUACGGAGGCUAAGGAGGGGUAGGAUGACUGUUGUAUAACGCAGGAGACAUACGGGGAGACACGGCUUCUCGAUUUUAUUUUAUUUUUUACUGCAACAGAAGACUGGAACCGAAAAAAGGCUUUCGCAUAAAAAUACAAAAAAACAAAACAAGACAGAGAUGAACGGGGACAUGUUACUAAAUAGCCACUCCAUCACUCUCCUGAGCCACAGCAAGUCCAAGUCCCCUGUCCAUGAUGAGAUGACCAUCAAGCUCAUACAGGAGGGGAAGUACACUGGACGUGUCUCUAUACAGAACGAACCACAGAGGCAAGGAGAUGCAGCCCGGAGACUGAACGCUGAGGCAGCAUGCGUCCUGAAGCUGGCAGACAGGGAAGAGAGCAACAGCCAGUGGCCCUGCAAGACAGAAGACCACCAGGUGUCCCAGCAGCUUCUACACUUCUCCCCAGUCUCCUGUCGCCGUUCUCCAGCCGAUCUCUCCUCCCCUCCUGCCCCCGGUAACAACAUCACCCACACCCUCCUGACCAACAACACCGCUGCUCACCUCAGCAACCAGAGGAGAGACAUCCGACGCAAGGCCAAAGGGAAGAAGUCAGCCCUUAGAAUAGCAGAGAGCAGGAAUUCCCAAAACCACAAAGUAACAGAUUACUACCCCAUACGCAGAAGCUCCAGGAAAAGCAAAGCAGAGUUGAAGGGUGAACAAAAGAAACACAUAGAUGAUCUGAUCGUGAAUGGAAUUGAGGAAGGAAUGGAGGUGCGGCAUAUAGAUGGGAAGGGCCGGGGAGUGUUUGCCACGCAGUGUUUUCAGAAGGGCCAGUAUGUCGUGGAAUACCACGGAGACCUGCUGCAGAUCACCGAUGCCAAAAAGAGGGAAGCCGAGUAUGCUAUGAACCCUGCAACCGGCUGCUAUAUGUACUACUUUCAGUAUCUCUGCAAAACAUACUGUGUGGACGCCACAAAAGAAACGGUUCGCAUGGGCCGGCUGAUCAACCACAGUAAGAACGGCAACUGUCAAACCAAACUCCAUGACAUCAAUGGCAUACCUCACCUCAUUCUGGUGGCAUCGAGAGACAUCGAUGAGGGCGAGGAGCUGCUGUACGACUACGGUGACCGCAGUAAAGCUUCCAUCGCAGCCCACCCCUGGCUCAAACAUUAAUCCAGCUCAAAGAAAAGGGAAACAAGCUUCAUAGAAGAUAAUUUUUUUAAAUGUAAAAAUUGCCUUAGCAACAGAAUGUUACCCCAGUUUUUUUCAGAGGGGAAAAGAACGAGGACGUGGUAGAUUUCUGGUGUGUAUGUAGAGGGGGGGAGUUUUGAAGAGGGAGGGUUAGGUUACAGUGACUUAAACACAUUUAGAUUGAGGUACAUCUUCUAAAUGUCUAGUGACAUCAAUACUUUUAAUAUAUUUAUCCGUCUAUAUGAAACAUGCUAGUUUUUUCCAGCACAUUUCUUUUUGUAUAUUUUGUAUUACCGGUAGACCAGUGCUUCCACGGCAUGCAGGUUGUAGUUUAAGUGUUCUGCAUUUUUAUACUUUUUUCUUAAUCGGGUGUAUAGUAGUUAGUUGCUUAGCAAUAAUUAUAUUUAUGGUACCAGAACCCUUUCUGGUUGAUGCAGAAAGCAGAACUAUGAGAUGCAAACCUACGAGCCCUCUUUGAAAGGUUCAGAAAACUGGAAUAAGAUUCCAACCAUUUAAACACAAUUAAUUUGAAAUGUUAACUUUAUGCCAUGUUGAGUAGAGUUGUUUUAUGAACUUGAACAAAUAUGUACCUCUCUAACACAAAGCUGUUAAAAUGUCCACAACGAAGUGCUCUGCAAGGAGCUAUUUAAAUGAAUAUGUAUACUGGGGUGGAUACAUUGUUAAAUAAACACAUUUUAUGCAACUUA